AUGGCGUACGACUUGAGCGUUGCGAAGGCAAGAGAUCCGUUGAUUACGAUUGCGGUGUUCAUCGUUAUUGCGAUCGUAACAUGUCUCGUCAGGCUACAAUCGAGGAAGAUGAGGAGUGUGUCUUUGGGGCUGGAUGAUUAUUUGAUGCUGGGAGCAUUGUUCUGCCUAUUUAUUAGCAUCGGCAUUCAAAUUGCUUGUGUUAUCGCUGGCGGUGUUGGUCGACACAUAGCAGAGGUCGACCAUUUAGACGUUGUAAAGACUUUGAAGGCAAGCUACGCUCCCCCCUCUCCUCCCCGAAUCGCACCACUAACUCCUCAAAAGCUCAUACUUCCCUUCGGAGCUUUAUACGGUGUCACGCUAUGUCUCAUAAAAUGCUCCAUCAUAUCCUUUUAUAGCCGAAUAUUCGGCGCAAGCAAGUCUUUUCGCAUCUCAGCGCUCGUGGCCGUUGGGAUCCUCAUCGCGUGGGCGCUAAGCGUCAUCCUUGAAACCUUUCUUCUCUGCAGACCACUCUCUUUCAACUGGGACCAGACGCUUGCGAAUGGGGUUUGCGGUGAUCGAAACGCCGUCUAUGUUACUGCAGGAGCGGUGAAUGUCGUUACGGACUUCAUGGUCAUGGCCCUCCCAGUCCCUCACAUCCUAACUCUACAACUACACUGGCGCCGUAAAGCCGAGUUAAUCCUCAUGUUCUCCCUCGGAAUCUUCAUCACAAUCAUCUCUGUAAUCCGCAUAAAGUCCCUUCAAGUCAUCUCCUUCGCGGACCCGACCUACACCCUCCCCAUGGGCCUCCUCUGGACAACCCUGGAGCCCUGCCUCUGCAUCAUCAACGCCAACAUGCCCAUGGUGCGUACCUACGUAGUCGCCGUCGCCCCCAAGAUGCUCGGGUCCACCGCCGACCAAACGACGCGGAUACAGACCCCGACAAUUGGCGGCAGCAACGUCGGGCUGAUAGGCGGAAGCGGGCGGCCGAGCCCGUCCGAGCGCAUUGGCGAUGAUCGGCUCGGCUAUGUCGACUCAGAGAUGGGUGUCAAGAUGGGAAAUGUUGGGACGGAGAGUCAGGUUCAGGGGAGCAGGGGGUGGAAGGUGGAGGAGAAUGAAAGUGAGAGUCAUCUUACGAAGGGUGAUCGAAUUAUGGUAGAGAAGAGUGUGCAUGUCGAAUCCACGUAG